AUGGAGAUUAAGGGCAGAGUGUUUGGAGUUUGUUUAGGUCUUGCUGUUUUUUUGAGCAUGUGUUUGGUUGAUGGGCUCGAAGAUUCUGAUGCAAUAGAUGGUGGCAUUAAUGCUGGGUUUAAUAAUGCCACUGCUGCUGCUAUCCCCAAGCUGACUGCUUCAUCUGAUGAAGUUUUAGUCAAAAGCAAUAACAAUCAAAAUGGAGGUGGAAAUGGAGGAGGAGGUGGUGGUGGAGGAGGUGGAGGUGGAGGUGGAAAUGGUGGUCAAGGUGGGGGAAGUGGUGGCGGAGCAGGUGGUGGGAAUGGUGGAGCUAGUGGAGAUGGAAGAGGUGGUGGAGGUGGCGGAGGUGGAGGGAAUGGCAAAGGCCAUGGAUGGGGUGGAGGAAGUGGUGGUGGUGGAGGAGGAGGUGGUGGGGCAGGAGGCGGUGGAAGUGGAGGAGGUGGUGGCGGCGGUGGUGGUGGUGGCGGUGGUCAAGGUGGAGGUUGGGGUUGGGGAGGAGGAGGAGGCAGUGGUGGCGGCAACAACAAGGGUUGUUGGGCUUGGGGAUGUGGUGGCCAUCCAAAAGCAAUUGGAGGAGGGAAAGGCAGUCCUUAG